CAGCAGCCAUGAAUGAGGCAGAGAGAGCGAGAGAGGCUGGAGAGUCACUUCUCUGACCCGGACGUCAAACCGUACGAGGUCCGACGAAGACGAACACACACACACACACACACACACACUGGCCAACUGAGAUGGAGACAGCGUGACGGGAGCUGGACGGCAUGGAGGGGAUCAGAGAGGACUGACAGACGAGGACACGAGGAGACCAGAGGACAAAACUUCAUCCUCCAGCUUCCAGCUUCCUUCCCAGUCCUGCAGCAUCUCAUCACCAGAGUGUAGACCUCGACUCGCACUGGGAACACUGGGAGAGGACCUGACGGACAGGGGACGGGAGCCUCGGCGGGGCCUGAGAGAUGCCACCUUUAACCCUCAGCCCCAGAGAGCAGAGAAAUUGCAGCAGCUUCAUUUGCUUCCCAGAGCCCUCGCACGGUGACUUCUGAUGUCCUGGACUCACCCCGAGGCUGAACCAUGGUCAUUCUGCAACAAGGGGACUAUGUGUGGCUGGACCUUAAGACGGGCCGGGAGUUUGAUGUCCCGGUGGGAGCCGUGGUCAAACUGUGUGACUCCGGGCAGAUCCAGGUGUUGGACGAUGAGGGCACGGAACACUGGAUUUCCCCACAAAAUGCCACCAACAUAAAGCCCAUGCACCCAACCUCCGUCCACGGGGUGGAGGACAUGAUUCGUCUGGGUGACCUUAACGAAGCCGGCAUCCUGCGGAACCUGCUCAUCCGCUACAGCGAACGCAUCAUUUAUACGUACACCGGCUCAAUCCUGGUGGCAGUCAAUCCCUACCAGCUCCUGCCCAUCUACACAGCAGACCAUAUCCGCCUCUACACCAACAAGAAGAUUGGGGAGAUGCCACCUCACAUAUUUGCCAUAGCAGACAACUGUUACUUCAAUAUGCAGCGGAACAAUAAGGACCAGUGCUGCAUUAUCAGUGGUGAGUCUGGAGCCGGGAAGACGGAGAGCACGAAGCUGAUCCUCCAGUUCCUGGCAGCCAUCAGCGGCCAGCACUCCUGGAUAGAGCAACAAGUCCUGGAGGCCAACCCCAUCCUCGAAGCGUUUGGCAAUGCCAAGACCAUUCGUAAUGACAACUCCAGCCGCUUUGGGAAGUACAUAGAUAUCCACUUCACCAAGAGAGGGGCCAUUGAAGGAGCCAAGAUAGAGCAGUACCUGCUGGAGAAGUCUCGUGUCUGUCGACAGGCUCCAGAUGAGAGGAACUACCACAUAUUCUACUGCAUGCUGCAGGGUAUGGCUCCGGAGCUGAAGACAAAGCUUGGCCUGGGCCUUGCCACUGACUACUCCUACCUCACCAUGGGUGACUGCACAGAGUGUGACGGCCGCGACGACCUGAACGAUUACUCCAGCAUCCAGUCGGCCAUGAAGGUCCUCAUGUUCACCGAGACGGAGAACUGGGAGAUCUCCAAGCUGCUGGCUGCCAUUCUGCACAUGGGCAACCUGCGCUUCGAGGCUCGGACCUACGACAACCUGGACGCCUGUGUGGUGGUGAGAUCCCCCGACCUCACAACUGCUGCUUCACUCAUGGAGGUGGAGCCCAAGGAUGUGAUGGUGUGUCUGACCACCCGCACCCUGAUUACCCGGGGAGAAAGUGUCGCCAUGCCCCUCAGCGUGGAGCAAGGCCUGGAUGUCAGGGACGCCUUUGUCAAGGGUAUCUACGGCAGGCUGUUUGUUUGGAUCGUGGAUAAGAUCAACGCAGCGAUAUACAGGCCACCGUCCUGCGAGAGCAAACUCGUUCGCAGGUCAAUCGGUUUGCUGGACAUCUUUGGCUUCGAGAACUUCACCAUCAACAGCUUUGAACAGCUGUGCAUCAACUUCGCCAAUGAGAACCUGCAGCAGUUCUUUGUUCGCCACGUCUUCAAGCUGGAGCAGGAGGAGUACAACCUGGAGGACAUCAGCUGGCAGCACAUCGAGUUCACAGACAACCAGGACGCCCUGGACAUGAUCGCCAACAAGCCGAUGAACAUCAUCUCUCUCAUUGACGAAGAGAGCAAGUUCCCUAAGGGAACCGAUGCUACGAUGUUACAUAAACUCAACUCCCAGCACAGGCUCAACACCAACUACUUUCCUCCUAAGAACACCUAUGAAACACAGUUUGGCAUCCAGCACUUUGCUGGUGUGGUGCAUUACGAGACCAGAGGAUUUCUGGAGAAGAACCGAGACAGCCUGCACACUGACAUCAUCCAGCUGGUCCACUCCUCCAAGAACAAGUUCAUCAAGCAGAUCUUCCAGGCUGAUGUGGCCAUGUUUCUGUGUGGCUAUCAGCAGCCCAGCACCCCCACUCCCAAGGGUGUAGAGACCAGGAAGCGCUCUCCCACCCUGAGCAGCCAGUUCAAGCGUUCCCUCGAGCUGCUGAUGAGGACGCUCAGCGUGUGUCAGCCGUUCUUCGUUCGCUGUGUGAAACCCAACGAGCUCAAAAAACCUAUGUUAUUUGACAGGGAGCUGUGUGUCCGACAGCUGCGCUAUUCCGGCAUGAUGGAAACCAUCCGGAUCAGACGGGCUGGCUAUCCCAUCCGGUAUACCUUUGCCGAGUUUGUUGACCGCUACCGGGUCCUCAUGCCCGGAGUCAAGCCCGCCCACGUCCAGGAGGACCUGCGAGGGACCUGCCAGAAGAUCGUCUUGGCCCGGCUGGGGAAACACGACGACUGGCAGAUCGGCAAGACCAAGAUUUUCCUCAAGGACCACCAUGACAUGCAGCUGGAGAUCGAGAGGGACAAAGCCAUCACAGACAAGGUCAUCCUCAUCCAGAAGGCCGUUCGGGGGCUCAAGGAGAGGACAAACUUCCUUCGAGUGAGGAGCGCUGUGACUGUCAUCCAGAAGUACUGGAGGGGUUAUCGGUGCAGGAGGAAUUACCGAACUAUGAAGACGGGUUUCCUGCGCCUGCAGGCCCUCUGCAGGUCCAGGAAGUUCUACAAGAGCUACCAGCUGGCCCGGGUUCGGCUCACCCUCAUCCAGGCCCGGUGCCGCGGCUUUCUCCUCCGGCAGAACUUUUGGCGGCGUCUUCGUGCCGUUCUGACCAUCCAGGCCUACACCAGGGGCAUGAUUGCCAGGCGACUCUGCCAGAGGCUCAGGGCAGAGCUCCAGCAUCGCCUGGAAGCAGAGCGCCAGCGCCUGGCCGAGGAGGAGCGGCUGCGCAACCAGAUGACGGCUCGGCGGGCCAAGGCCGAGGCCGAGAGGAAACACCAGGAGCGGCUGGUCCAGCUGGCCCAGCAGCAGGAGGAGAGGGAGAGGGAGGAGAAGGAGGAGGUGAGAAGGAAGAAGGAGAUGCUGCAGCAGAUGGAGAGGGAGAGGGAGCAGCCCGUCGACCACUCGGACAUGGUGGACCGCAUGUUCGGCUUCCUGGGCAACACGGGGCCGCUGCCCAACCAGGAGGGACAGGCGCCGGCUGGGUUUGAGGACCUGGAAAGUUCUCCUCGGAGUGAGGAGGCAGAGGAGGAGAUGCUGCAUGAAGCUCCGCCGCUGCCUGACGAAGAGGAGGAGGAUCUGUCCGAGUACAAGUUCUCCAAAUUUGCUGCCACCUACUUCCAAGGUGUUUCCACUCACACCUACAUCAGGCGGCCCCUAAAACAACCUCUGCUCUUCCACGAGGAUGAAGGAGACCAGCUGGCGGCGCUCGCGGUGUGGAUCACAAUACUGAGGUUCAUGGGCGACCUCCCGGAGCCCAAGUACCAAAUGACCAUCAAUGACGGCAGCGAGAAGAUCCCCGUCAUGACCAAGAUCUACGAAACCCUGGGCAAGAGGACGUACAAGAGGGAGCUACAGGAGCUGCAGGUGGAGGGGGAGAACAGCUCCAUCGACAGCCAAAAGAGGAACAGCAUCAGACAUAAACUUGUGUCUCUCACCCUGAAGAGGAAAUCCAAGAUCACUGAGGAGGUCACCAGGCGGCUGACGGAUGGAGACUACAGCCUCCAAGGGAACAGCAUGCUGGAGGACCGACCCACCUCCAACCUGGAGAAACUCCACUUCAUCAUCGGCAACGGCAUCCUCAGGCCGACCCUCAGGGACGAGAUCUACUGUCAGAUCUGUAAGCAGCUGACCCAGAACCCGUCCAAGAGCAGCCACGCCCGGGGCUGGAUCCUGCUGUCUCUCUGCGUGGGCUGCUUCGCCCCCUCCGAAAAGUUUGUCAAAUAUCUCCGGACGUUUAUGACCAGCGGUCCUCCCGGCUACGCUCCAUAUUGUGAGGAAAGGUUGAGGAGGACGUUUGUCAACCGCACACGGACCCAGCCUCCGUCCUGGUUGGAGCUGCAGGCCACUAAAUCUAAGAAGCCCAUCAUGCUGCCUGUAACGUUCAUGGACGGCACCACCAAGACGCUGCUGACGGACUCGGCCACCACGGCCAGUGAGCUGUGCAACGCUCUGGCAGAUAAGAUCAACCUCCGAGAUCGCUUUGGCUUCUCGCUGUACAUCGCCCUUUUUGACAAGGUGUCGUCGCUGGGCAGCGGGAGCGACCACGUGAUGGACGCCGUGUCCCAGUGUGAGCAGUAUGCCAAGGAGCAGGGCGCCCAGGAGAGGAACGCCCCCUGGAGGCUGUUCUUCAGGAAGGAGAUCUUCACUCCCUGGCACAACCCUGCCGACGACUACGUGGCCACAAACCUCAUUUACCAGCAGAUCGUGCGGGGGGUGAAGUUCGGAGAGUACCGCUGCGAGAGGGAGGAGGAGCUGGCAGAACUGGCCUCUCAGCAGUACUACGUGGAUUACGGCGCUGAGAUCCUCCAGGAGCGCCUGCUCAGCCUCAUCCCCUCCUACAUCCCAGACAGAGAAAUCGGCUCAGCGAAGACGGCUGAGAAGUGGGUCCAGCUCAUCGUCGCUGCCCACAGGAAGGAGCUGCACACCAGGAAGAGGCUGGGCACGCAGAAGGUGAAGGAGGAUGUGGUGGACUUUGCUCGUUUCAAGUGGCCUUUACUCUUCUCACGUUUCUAUGAGGCCUUCAAAUUUUCAGGGCCAAGUCUGCCCAAGAACGACGUGAUCGUGGCGGUGAACUGGACCGGGGUUUACUUUGUGGAUGAACAGGAGCAAGUCCUUCUGGAGCUCUCUUUCCCAGAAAUCACUGCUGUGUCCAGUAGCAGGGGGGGCAAACUCCAAGGACAGAGUUUCACUCUCGCCACCAUCAAAGGAGACGAGUACACGUUCACCUCCAACAACGCCGAGGAUAUCCGGGACCUGGUGGUCACUUUCCUCGAGGGUCUGAGGAAGCGGUCCAAAUUCGUGGUGGCGCUGGUGGACUGUCCCAAUCCUGCAGGUGUAGAGUCUACAUUCCUCAGUUUCUUCAAGGGAGAUCUGAUUGUGUUGGAUGAGCACACUGGGGAGCAGGUGAUGAACUCCGGCUGGGCCCAAGGCAUCAACGACAGGACCAAGCAGAGAGGAGACUUCCCUGCCGACUGCGUCUAUGUGCUGCCCACCGUCACCAGGCCGCAGUAUGACAUCGUGGCUCUAGUGGCCAUGACCCCAGACCAGAGGAGAGAGUCCAUCACCAUGUCCCAGCUGAGCCUCGCUGGGACUGUGGAAAAGGCCAAGCCUCACACACUGGAGGAGUUCUCCUACGACUACUUCAGGCCUCCCACUAAGAGCACGCUGAGCAGGGUGAUGAUCUCCAAAGCCCGGGGGAAGGAGCGUCUGUGGAGCUGCACCAAGGAGCCGCUCAAACAGCCGCUGCUCAAGAAGGUCCUGGUCCACGAGGAGCUGUCCCAGGAGGCCUGCCUGGCCUUCGUAGCUGUGAUGAAGUACAUGGGCGACUACCCGUCCAAACGAAUCCGAUCCGUCAACGAGCUCACCGACCAGAUCUUUGAAGGAGCGCUGAAGGCCGAGCCGCUCAAAGACGAGAUCUUCUGUCAGAUUCUCAAACAGCUUACUGACAACCACAUCAAGUACAGCGAGGAGAAGGGCUGGGAGCUGCUGUGGCUCUGUACUGGUUUGUUUCCUCCCAGUAACAUCCUGCUGCCUCACGUCCAGAAGUUCCUGCAGGCCAAGAAGCACCAUCCUCUGGCUCCAGACUGCAUGCAGCGGCUGCAGAAAGCCUUGAGAAACGGAUCGAGGAAGUACCCUCCUCACCUCGUCGAAGUGGAGGCCAUCCAGCACAAGACGACCCAGAUCUUCCACAAAGUUUACUUCCCCGAUGACUCCGAUGAGGCCUUUGAGGUCGAGUCGAGCACCAAGGCCAAAGACUUCUGCCACAACAUCUCUGGACGGCUCAUGCUCAAAUCCUCCGAGGGCUUCAGUCUCUUCGUCAAGAUCACUGACAAGGUCAUCAGCGUGCCCGAUGGCGACUUCUUCUUCGACUUCGUGAGACACCUGACCGACUGGAUCAAAAAAGCCCGAUUCGUGAAAGACGGUGUUGUGCCUUCGCUCACCUACCAGGUGUUCUUCAUGAAGAAGCUGUGGACCAACACGGUGCCGGGGAAAGACCCCAUGGCGGACUCCAUCUUCCACUACUACCAGGAGCUGCCCAAGUAUCUGCGUGGCUACCACAAGUGUUCCCGAGAGGAGGUGCACCAGCUGGCGGCGCUCAUCUACAGGGUGAAGUUUGAGGAGGACAAAUCUCACCUCCACAACAUUCCCAAGAUCCUCAAAGAGCUCGUCCCCCAGGACCAGAUCCGACACCUGUCCCCCGACGACUGGAAGAGGUCCAUAGUUUCAUUAUUCAACAAGCAUUCAGGGAAGAGUCGAGAGGAGGCGAAGCUCUCCUUCCUAAAAAUCAUUUACAAAUGGCCGACCUUCGGCUCUGCCUUCUUUGAAGUCAAGCAAACCACCGAUCCAAACUACCCCGAGACGCUCCUGAUCGCCAUCAACAAGCACGGAGUCAGUCUGAUCGAUCCCAAGUCCAAGGACAUCCUGACCACCCACCCCUUCACCAAGAUCUCCAACUGGAGCAGCGGCAACACCUACUUCCACAUCACCAUCGGAAACCUGGUGCGAGGCAGCAAGCUGCUGUGUGAGACGGCGCUGGGCUACAAGAUGGACGACCUCCUGACCUCUUACAUCAGCCAGAUGCUGACCACCAUGACCAAACAGCGAACAUCCCGGGGCAACAGCAAAUGACGGCCGGAAACUCCUCGACCCCCACCCCCCCACACCCCCCGCGAGGCCGUCCGUCCGUCCCACAUCAGUCCUGCGUUCGCUCCCCAGCAGCGCCCACGUGCACGCCGCUGCACACGUGCACUUGUUACGUCUGGAGAACGCGACAAGAGGAAACGGGUUGAGAGGAGGAUUUAGUUCUGUGUUGGGUCACGCCGCGGGACGACUGACGGGCCGUGACGCUGGAAUGCCAACGUGUGUUUAGUUAGAAUGCACUGGUCAUGUCUUAAACUCACCUGCUGCCUUUCAAUUGACCUCUUUUCCCAACAUGGAACACAGCCACCGGGACGGAUUUGGAAGAAGCUCCAU